CUGGUAACGCUGGUGUGUGUGUGUGUGUGUGUCCAUCAUGGCGGCGCCCGUAAACACGUCCUCGGACCUGCUGGCUGUGACGGGGGACGGCAGCACCAAGAGUGUGGUGGAGAACCUGCUGAAACAACCUGACAGACGACCUCCACAGGACAAGCCACGAACUUUUAAAGUAGCCAGGAGUCCCCUGCUGGACCAACUACAGACCUUCUUGCCAGAGUUUCAACGGUCCACUGAGCAGCUACUGUCCCAGCCUCCACAGCAGCUGCACCAUCUCAGUGUCGAGAACACAGAUGAUGAUGCCAGAGUUGUAGAGAUGAACCUCCUGUUGGGGCAAGGAGCACCCAAGGACAGAGGGGAUGAUGGGCAAGGCAUCCACAAUUCAGGGGAGGAGACUAGUGACAGUGACUCAGAUGAUGACCUGCUGCAGACAAGAAGAGUGACAGCUGAGAACCUGCAACUGCCCGGUGAAGUUCAAGGCAAGCGGCAGCAAAGCCUCAUACAGGUGGUGUCAGAGAGCUGUGAAAGGGAGGAGGAACUGUCUGAUGGAGAGGUGACAGUGGCAUCUUCAGCCUCUGGGGAGCGAUGAGUGUAGUCGCACUAUUAUCCCCUUUCACAUUACACCCAUGCGUGUCUUGAUUUGCUUCACAGUUUUACAUGGAUCGAAAAUGUCUAAGAAUGUCAUGGGUUUAAAAGAUGUGAGACUCGCAGAAACUGAAAUGGAAUUAAAACAAAAAUAAAAAGGUUGAUAAUUUUGUUAAAAGAUACUUUAGUAAAGGAAAAUGUAAGAGAAUAUUGCAUGAAAAUUGUAUGUCUCACAAAACUAGGAAAGGACCUGUCAAGAAAUGAAGUGAUGUGGAAAGGAAGAGAAAAAGUGAUCACCAAAAAGUUAAGUAAGAGAUGUCAGGGAACCAUGUGAAAGAUGAAGUGUAAUGCCAGGAAUGUUCAACUGUAUAGGCAUAGCUGUAGACUGUGAUGCAUGCCAACAGUGGCAUCUUUUUUAUACCUACUUUUCAAAAUUUUAUGUGUAAUAUUUAUUUUUAAGGGAAGGUUAGUUGGGGCCUUUCUUGGUACAAAGAGGAGCUGAAGUUGUGCCAAAAGAAAGGAAAUUUCUGAAGGCGGAGGAGCCAAAGAUAACACUGAGACAGCCCUGGGUUACAUGAAACAUUGAAGUGUAAAAUGAAUAAAGAUCAAGCAGCAAA